AGCUCUUUACUUUGUAAAAAAAAAGAUAAUAUUCGUUCAACUUACAUAUUAUAUUCGCUCACUUAAUAAAAAGUGGCACAAAAUAUUCCAAGUUUUGUUAAGCUUAGCCUUGUAAUAAAUGACCAAAACGACACUUACUGCCAUUUGUCCGAGAAAGUAGGCAGUAAAUAAGUGGUGCAGUACAGUCGCGCACACAAUUUGUUUGUGUUACAUCGCAAUUAGUGCACUCGGAAACAAACGAAUGCUGUUUACAAAACAAAUUGAUACAAAGUGAACGUCGGCUUUGAAUGUAACGCCGGCAUUAGCUCGGGGCAGGUUCAACAGACAUGGUGUUGUUGGCCACUUUGUUAGUGGCAUUGUUGUCCGCAUUGGCCAUGCUGAUCACGCCUCUCGAUGCUUACGAACCUCCGCGGACGGUUGUCAACGACAUAAGUUCUAAAAUGGGUGAUAUCAUGGUACAGUGCAGUAGAAAGAUGUUUCCAAAUUAUCAUGUGGAUCCAGACAUGGACAGCUUCUGGGACCCGAAUUACAAGGUGCAAGAGGUGCGACUGGGCUGCCUGGCCGUGUGCGGCAUGCGCUGGCUCCAGCUAACCCACAGCGACGGCCGCAUCAACGUUGCCAACGUGCGGCGCUUCCUCACCGCCAACGACGCCGACCCGAGCACUCGAUGGCAGCUGGAGCAGAUGUUCGUGACAUGUCACCAGAAUAGCGGGUUCGAGCAGCGCACGUGCAGCGCCGGCCUAACCGCGCUCCGCUGCUACCGCACCACCAUAGAGCAAUACGGCUGGGCACCGGGCAGCUACUGACUGCCGACCGUUCAACAUAAUUUCUGUCUGAUCAAUUACAUCAUGUCUGAAACAACUAGUGGUAGUUUUGUUGAGCUCCUGACGCC